GACGAUCCUUCUGAAGAUCCAUUUAUCUGCCACUUGAGCUAGUCAUCAAGCAUACACUUCAUAAACAUCAAACCCACAACCACCACGAGCAGUUGACCUCUCGAACCACCGACUAUAUAUACCUGACAGCGGUGUUGACCACCCAUCACUCAAUGCAUUCAUUCCAAUCUCUCAUCGCCUUCAUCGUCCUACUUUCCUUAAUCCUCACCAGCACAACCCACGCCUCCGCGAUACCAGCACCCACUCCACGCAACACUCUCGUCCCGCGGCAGCUAAUCUCGACCUCCGCGGCGUCGAACACAUGCCAGGACUCGGGCAGCACGGCCUGCAACAUCACCGGCGCGAGUUUCUGCUGCCCGGCCCAAACCGAGUGCAUCCCAUUAGAAAACAACACGGCAGUGAUCUGCUGCAACGUCGACGAGAUCUGCGCGGAGAUCCACCCGAUCGCAUGUCCAGCCGUACAGGACUCGGCCAAGCCGCAGCCCACAUGCGGCAGCGAAUGUUGCCCCUUCGGCUUCGAGUGCGAUCCCGCCGGGAAUAAGUGCCUGAUGAAGCAGGAGAACCUGCCAGAGAAGUACAAGGAGAGCGGGAAACCGGUGCCCAGCGCCGCACCGGUGGUGGGGGGUGGCGGCAGCGGCACGGAUGAGGACGCAACGCCCGCACCCUCGUCGCCCAGUAACACCGCCACGCCGCUGCUCGGCGCGGAAUCGGGCCGCAGCAGCGACUCCUCGUCGUGCGCGGACUUCCCCGCCAAGGCGAUUGUCGUGGGCUUCUUCCCGGGGAUGGUCGCGGGCGUCGCGCUGCUGCUGCUGUGGACUCGCCUGGUCGAGGCGCGCACCCGCCGCCGCUCGAUAAAGUCCUUCGGCGCGUUCACUAACUUCCCGUCCGAAGCGAACUUGACCGAGAAGGCCUCGUCCGUGACGAAGAAGCCGAGCUUCCCGAUCGGCUUUGUCGUGCAGCCGCCGACGAUGCAGCAGCCCUCCGGCAGCAGCAACAACGGCAAUGGAAGCAACAACAAGAUGACCUACUCCCCCAUGAGCGCCUCCUUCCGCUCUCCCAACCUCGGGCCGAUAAUCUUCCCGCUCUCGCCGCCGUCGCACGCCGCCACACCCAACACCGAGCACUUCACCCGCCUAGCCCCGCGCCCGGCCUCCCGGGAGCGCAGCGACCGCGAGCACGACCAGAACCGGGACUCCUACGCCGUGUCCGCGAUCUCGAUCGCCUACUCGGACAGCGCGCUGCCUCCGCCGGCGCCUUUGCACGUAGUUCACGCGCGGCACCCGAAGCGACACAGCGCCGAGACGGGAUACAGUGCGAGCGUGUAUAACGAUGGGAACGAGAGCCGCCCGUUUGUUCUCGACACUAGGAAUGAAGUCGCUAUUCCCCCCAUUCCGAAACCGGCGCCGCUGUUUUAUCGUAAGUUUGGGGGCCCCAUGCCGCGGCCGCCGGUGGUGGGGUGGGAGGGGGGGAGGGUUUGAAAAUUUUGAAGGGGAAUCUGCAUAGCGAUGGUUUUUCUGCAUUGGUUGGUUUUGGUUUUGGUUUUGGUUUUGGUUUUGGUUUUGUAUAGCGGCAUAGCGUGGUUUUUUGUUUCUCUUCGUUUUUGUUUCUCUUCGUUUUUGUUUCUCUCCGGUUUCUUCGGCUGGCGUUUUGAUUUCUCGUUCUCGUUCUUUUUCUUUCUGUUUCAUUGC